UUCCGGAUGCUCACCCAAAGCUGGGAGUGAGAAAGUGCUUCUCCAUUCCAUGGAGGGGAGAGAUAACUCCCACAUAUCUUAAAGCUGUUCAUGCCGCAGCAUUUCAGCGUAGGCGUAGAAUGCAGGAAGAACGUUAGGGCCACGCUGGUGUCGUCUGCUGUUGAGUGUGUGCCAGCGCUCUACGAACGGCAGGAUCGUGCAUAAGAGGACGGAAAAGUUCUAAACUUUAAUGGAUGUUUGAGAAAGUUGUUCUUCGGCGCUGGAUAGAAGGCAUAUUCGGUGGGGACUGUUUCUGUGAGAUGUGAACAUCAGCAGCAGUAGUGGAAGCAAACAAAACCAAAGCCAAGUAAACAAUUGUUCUUUUGCAUAAUCGCGCCGGGGGAUUCUGGGAAAAAAGUGGAAAUAGUUGCUUCGGAGGUGGCAAGACAUGGGGUUCGUGUUUUCCCCCGAGGGCCACUGCUAACCGUCAUCAUAGAUCAAAGUGAGAACUACAUCAAAUCGAAAAGUGUCAUCCUGAGUUGUUUGCCGGUUCGAAGAAAGUGAAGUCAAUACAGAAGAAGCAUCGUGGAGAUGGAUUUCCUCUGAUCUGAUAAAAAGUGUAGCAACGACUACGAUGGGACAGUGUUUGCGUUGAAAGCAUUUCUUCUCGUAAGGCUCGAUUCUAUAGAAACGGCGAAAAGGGAUCGCAGCUGACUACCUUCGUGCGCCAUAUCCGGCAAGUUGACGUGGCCAUCAGCUCCAUUGUGGUCGAACGCACAUUAUCAUUUCCCAUCCCAUCGGUGUUGGUAGGAGACCACUUUAGUGCCGUACGGAGAGCCAAACCAGCAGCUAAGGAGAUACCGUCUCCCAGUUAGUGCGUGAUAAACAUAAUAACGAUAAUAAUAAUAGUUAUCACGAUAGUAAUUAUAACCGCUGUUGUAUAGAAAUAAUGAACAUGUUUGAAAUGUUGUUGAGGGCGGCGUCAUUCGAACGCCGCUCAAUGAUGAGGCAUGUAAUCAUAAACGCGUCAUGUUUGCUAAUUAUAUGCACAGCUGCCAACAUCGGGACCGACAAGCCAAGUGGCAAAUUUCAAUCGAUUCCUGACACCACCGGUGCCGGAAACACCCCAGACAAUAAGCAGACACCCGCUGUGCAGCACAGAUAUCAGAUGCUGGGGCGAGAAGUUUAUGUGAAUGGCCACGAUAAAACUUUAUCUGCCGUAAAGUCUGAUUACGAUGUUAAGCGAUUCCAGAGCAAACGUGACUCUCGGUUCAGCGCAAAUGUGAGAUGGAAGCGAAGUCCUAGCAAUAUCAGUACAAAUAGCCACUUCAAUAUUCUAAAUCUAUCCAACAAAAGUCUUAGCGAUGGCCAACGUUUGACCGAAGAAUUAUCAAAGUACAGCCACAGGCAGACCAGCUACGAAAUUAGUCACUACUACGACCUUAGUGAUAUUAGUGCAUUAGAUCUGUCGAGAAAUAAUUUAUCGGAUGAACUUCCGGAACCAGUGCAAGAGAAGUUUUCCAGCCUGUCAUGGUUAGACUUGUCGGAAAACAACCUCACCACCGCAAUAGUGCAGAAUAUUCCCACUCUCAAAUAUUUGAAUCUGUCGAGCAAUCAUAUAAAGUCGUUAUCCAGCACCCACCUUCAUCGUCUGACUCGGCUAGAUGUUUCCUGCAAUGCCAUUUCCAGUGAAUCCACCCGGUCCUCUCUGAUGUUGCGAAAUCUGACCGAUCUGGAUCUCAGCUGCAAUCAACUGGAAACCAUAGACAAAAGUUUCUUCUUCCACACUCGCUCGCUGCACCGGUUGGACCUCUCCGAGAACGCAAUCACCCGGCUGAAUCGCUCCAUUUUCUACAAUCUUAUCAACCUGGAGCAUCUGAACCUCGCCGGAAAUCGAAUCGAUGUUAUUGAAAAUGACACGUUCGCCUAUCUGCCGAAUCUGCAAUUUCUGGACCUGUCGCGCAACGACAUCGGACCGGGUUCCAUCCGGGCGCUGCAGGGCAUCCCGGCACUGAUUGGCCUCUCGCUGGCGCAGAAUGUGCACCUCGGACCGGUCAUGCACGAGUUUGUGGCAUCGUGGAGCCUGAAAGAGCUGGACGCCAGCGGUACCGGGCUGUGUCACAUCCCGACGGCACUGGCGCAGUCGGUCAAGUCGCUGAAGCUGACCGAUAAUUUGCUGAGCGUGAUACGGAGCGGUGAUUUGGACAGCUACCCCCUCCUACAGCAGUUGAUUCUUUCCGAUAAUCUCAUAGCCGACAUCGAAGAGGACGCUCUCGGGCGGUUGGAGCUAUUAUCCACACUGUUCCUAGACCGCAAUCGAUUGGUUCGGAUUCCGAUAAGCCUCCCGUCCAAUUUAGUGCACCUCCAUCUCCAGAAUAACGAAAUUUACGAGCUCCAGCCGGGCGUGUUCCGGAAUCUGAAAAAUUUAAAGACUCUCAACCUGGCUGGUAAUAGGAUUGCUUAUCUGCCGGAGCUGCCGCUGCCGGAAUUGGCUGUGUUGAACGUGCGGCGUAACGACCUGAAAGGAUUGAGUCAAUCAGUGGUGAAAACGUCGCCGCACCUCAGGGACUUUCUGCUGGAGAACAAUCCGGUUAAAUGUGCCGACCUGCUUGGCAUCGCCGAGUGGGUCAAACCGUGCCGCGAUGAGAUGCUUUUCGACGAUAGGGACUACCCUGACAGCAGUCUUGAUGACAGUGGGAAUGAGUUUGAUAUUUUCGGAAGAUUAACGACCGAGUUCAGGCGUCCUAUUUGCUGUCAGCGGGACGGUACGCGAAGAACGCCUAAGAAAAUGGCGAUGAAAACCGCUUCAUUCAAGUCGCUGUGCCAAAAUGAAAAUUUAAUUAACCUGAACGCACCAAAUCGUCUUAAAGGCGAUCAAACAACCGUGAAGCAACCAUUAGGGGAUGGUAAAACGAUUCCGGCGAUAACGAUCUCGAGCACCACCACCACCAGCGGUAGCGCUUCGACUCCCUCCACUACGGUGGCUGCUGGAAUUGGCAUGAUGGAUGAUAAGCUCAGCUCCGCCAUCAUCAAGGAGAGUUUAUUAAAGAAUUUAACGACCUCAGCCCCACUGUCCGCACGACAACCGACACCGUCCCCGACGAAUCAUUAUAACGAAACUGGUGGAACAAAUACCGAAGCUAUCAUUAUCGUCGAGGAGAGAGCAAAUUUAAAUGUAAAUUUUGGCGCAGAAAGCUCACAAAAUCUAACAACUGUGGAUAAACCAGUGCCGUUGGAAUUAAGCUCAACAUUACAGACGAAACUGCAGCUUAAUUUUCAUAAUGAGACGAUUAAAGCUACCAAGACAGAAAAAGUGAGAGCUCUGAAGAAAGACAAAAUUAGUUCGCAAGUGAAGAAAGCAGAAGCGAAGAAAAAUCAGUCCGCUAAAUCCAGUCCGAGAUCUAAUCUAGAGAUUCGAGAUAAAUUGGAGAAUAGUUCAACUGUAAACAAAGUCGUCAAUUUAACGGCAAUAACACCGAUUGUAAAUGUUACUGGAAGGGAACGUGACGAAGCGAGUGAUAAGAGCUAUUCCGGUGCAAAAGACCGACGACAGCCUGCAGCAGCGAACAAAAAAGUCAACAGAAAUAGCUUAAUUCAAGCUGAUUCGAUGGCAACAGAAACGAGUCCCAGCCCGGAGCAAGUCACAAGCACGAGUGACAAAUUGGUAGAAAUAACAACGGCCACGAUGACGACAACGACACAGUCACCGAGGGCCGGAUUCUCAUCUUCCCUCCUGACGCCAUCGUUGACCCCAAUGAUGGCAACGAAAUAUGAACGUACGGUAGAACAAAAAUGGACCACUUCAGCGACGACAGAACCGACUUUGGUGACGAUGUCAACCGGAGCAAGGACAACAACAAACGUGGCCUCCAUCAACAAUCAAAACACCCGCCGCCAGGGCCCGGACAGUACUAAACAAACGAAUGACAGCGCUUCUUCUAACGAGGGGAGUUUUGAACAAAACGUUGCACCAUCCACUGCCAUCCCUCCGGUGGCCAAAAACUAUCUCAAACCCACCGACAUUGUCAAAGUUCGCAAGAAUGUAAAUCAUAUGAAGAUGAAAUUAAAAUUUAACCACGAUCAACUGCACGAUGAUGAAUUUCGCGACAAUUUUGACACUGACAGCGUAGGUCUGCUGAUGGGGAACAACUUUGGCUACGGUCACGCUGGUCACGGUUCCUCCGCCAGUGGUCUGCACCGAAAGAGCAAAUUUUCCAUCUACGACAGCAUCUACAUGGCGUCGCUAAAAAAUGCCAACUUCAAACCAUUCCAUCAUUCUAUGCACGUACCGAAUACCAGCAACUCGUCGGUGCUACCAGCCGGGACGACAACCGCCAACAAGACUAGCAGUAACGCAGAAAUUCCGGCCACGUCCGUGGAAACGUCGUCAAAAAUUCUACCGCAAGAAUGGAAUGAUGUACGACCAAUGUCAAGUGGCGGGUCUCAUUACGGUCUAUUCAUUGUGGUCGGGGCAACAUUCGGUAUGCUAAUUUCAUUCGGGUUGUUCCAUCUCUAUUAUUGCCGUGUCCGGCGGGGUCAGCAUCUGCACGGACAUCACCAUCAUUACCAGCAGUAUCCGCCUCAGCAUGGUGCGUGUACCGACGGUGGUAGCGGAAUCAGCACUCAUAAUUCUACUCAACAUCGCUAUUCAUACGCAUUCGAACAGGACGACAGUGACGAACGUCUAACGUACACCAUUUCGACCUCGGUGCUGGACGGGCCUGAAGAGGACGGCUGUUCGACGAUCCAUCAACAGCAGCACCCACAACAACAACAACGCCGACCGGAUAGGCAGCGGGAUGUUCUCCAUAUGGACAUACUAAAUCCACUCAAAUCAAAACCAUUGUCACGAAAUUCCAGCUCCAGCAGCAGCAGUAGUGCCAGCAGUUGUUUUGACAUCGACAGCGGUGCAUCCAACUGCAGUGAGCUGGGAGUGCCCCGGCCUUCGGCGACAGAUGAUUAUCGUUCGGAUAAUCAGCAGUUCCAUCGGCAUCAGCGCCACCUCAGUCGGAAUACACCCAAUUCCAAUAAUCAUAACAAUUCCGAGCAAAAUCGUCCCACUCGCCGGGACAGCGCCAUCGAUAGGUGGUGACGACGAUGACAAAGACGACAACUCCAUUAUUGUACAUUCAGCGACGCAUACAGUGUGUUUGAGUAAGAGCAUAUAUUUCAUUAUAGAUUUUAAUACACCCAUAUUCUGUGUACUAUGGUGGACUGCUUCCGAUUUACAGUGAUGCAAUCAGGGAAUCGGGGUUGGAGCAUAUGGAA